UCACGCAACCCACAGUCCACUGGAGAGGCGUGGGGACAUGAGACUAACACAUGACGAUAAAAAGUAAGAUUAAUAACUACGCGAUAGGAAAACGGAAAUCAAAAUUUAGCCGUUGAGACAUACUAAGUAUGAUGCACCUUUGAAUAUAUUAGUUGUUUUAAUUACAGUUCGCGCGGGGUUGCUUGUCUGCUUUGCUAGUUAGUCUUGUUGAUCUGUUAUUGCGCUUGCUCGUGCAUGUCAAAUGGUCUGUUUAUCUAGUAAAAUAUUAUUAUCGCUUAUCAUAAUAUGAAACGAAAAUACGAAAAGCGUCAUUAGAAUUUGUUUGCUCUCCUGCAUCUCAUCUUUCCUUUAAAACUUCGUCAUCUAUUUUGCAACAUAAUCGCACGUGCAUGUCAACUUGACAUUGAGCUGCACUUGUUAUCUCAGUACUGUUACCACAUGGGAACUAACUUGUUUAUUAAAGCUUUGCUUUUCAGCUAAUUCAAGUCGCUUUAAACUAGAAGGAGCAAAGUCAAACCUAGAUUUCAGAUUGCGCCAUAGGUGGUUCUAGAAACAAAGAUGUUCUCCUCCGUCCAACAUCGGCCUGUAUGCAGCAUAGGUGCCAGAGCUGUUCGCCUGCAAAGCUUAAGUACUUAUAAACAAAGUAAUGCUACUGGUAAAAUGAUCAACACAUCGUGGACUUUCUCUUGGAUGGGGCAACGUAUGGGCCUGCUGCUGUCAUGGAUCCAGGAAGCAGGAAGACGAACAAACAAACUGGCCUCCGACAAGAAGAAAGAGAGACUGCUGUCUAUAUUCGCCAACCACUGUAGUUUUGUGACCGGUCAGAGGUUGAGAAGGGCUUUUCAGAUUGGGGAGUUGUAUUCAAACCUGUACUCCGAGAGAACCAGGUGGACACUCGUGGGCAGCAUAUGGCGGCGGCUGCAGAGCAAACACGCCCCCACGGGAAAACUCAUCGCAGCCCUGGCUGGAGUCUUCAUGUGGGAGGAUGAGAAGAUCCGAGAUGAUGAGCUGAGGAGGUGUGCAUUGGAGCUGCAGGCUUUGGAGGGUGUACGAAGCCAGAGUGCAGUCUCAAAGACUGCUGUGGUUGUGGAUCCAGGAUGGGAGGUGGUCAUGGAGAAGAAAAACUUCAGAGUGUGGAGGAGGCCAAUCCAGGGUAGCCAUCUGUUUGAGUACAGAGUGUUUGGUUCAUACACCGAUGUCACCCCCCGCCAAUUCUUCAACGUUCAGUUGGACACAGAGUACAGGAAAAAAUGGGACGCAUUAGUUAUCAAACUGGAAGUGGUGGACAGGGAUGUCAACACGGGCACUGAGGUUGUUCAUUGGGCAACGCAUUUUCCAUAUCCUAUGUACUCCAGAGACUAUGUCUAUGUGCGCCGUUAUCACUUUGAUGUGGAGAACAGCUUGAUGAUCUUAGUCUCCAGAGCUGUUAAACACCCCAGUGUCCCAGAGACCCAGGAAUUUGUCCGAGUUCACUCUUACCAGUCUAAGAUGGUCAUCCGACCACAUAGAUCAUUUGACGAGAACGGCUUUGACUACCUACUGACUUACAGUGAUGACCCUCAGACGGUCUUUCCUCGCUACUGCGUCAGCUGGAUGGUAUCGAGUGGCAUGCCAGAUUUUCUGGAGAAGCUUCACACAGCUGCACUCAGAGCUAAAAACAUGGACGUAGGUGUCCAAGACUACGUCAGCAUUGUUAAACCUACCCAAUCCACUCAAGAACGGCUAGGAGCUGACAACCCUCACACCGGAGGCCCAAGUCAGAUCUAUGCCUGAGUGUCUAGCCACAGGAAAUAGUGGAGGCUUGAAGUAUUGUAGUAACAUGAUUAAUGGGACUGUGCUGGACAUCUCAGCUGUUUGCCGUUUGACCACACCUGCACUAGCUUUUCUUACUAAGUGGUUAAGUUCUCCGUUUUUUGAGCUGUUUGUUUGCUUCCUCUUUCUGUGGGGUGCAUCUAAGCCAAACUGCCGAGAUGAGCCGAAGUUACACCGAUAACAGAAGAUGCUUCUGCCAAAGCAGUAUUUUCUCCCACAUUUCUUUAUCUUGGGUCAUAAGAUCAUCAAAAUUAACGCAUGGUGUUGAGGUGCUAAAAAAAUGAGAUGAUGAAAAAACAUUAACACGCACCACAGGCUUGAAUUUGAGGAAGUUGCUUGUGCACAAAGCAAUGUUUUUUUUUUUGUGGUUCUCCUCUCCAGCUUAUACUGUGAUGUUCUGCCCUUGGCAGCACCAGACUUAAUCACUGUUGCCCUCAUUUACUUUGCAUGAGUGUGUGUGAAUGUUCACUGCCAGUAAAACCCAAACAGCCUUCACGGAUCAUGAUACCUCUUCUGGAAACAAAAGAGAGGUGGUUAUGCCAACCGCAACAUCCUCACGAACAUGCUCGGCUUCCUCCUGUGCUGUAUAGAGGGUUGUUUGAAAUAUAAAAAAAAUAAUAAUAAUUCUACUCUGAACUGUUGCAAAUGUCUGCUAUAUCCUCACAUUUUUGGGGCAGCGAUGCCAACGGACUCAAUAAUGUAUAGAGAGUGGAAGGUCCAUUUCGUCGGCUUACAAAUUUGCUUCAGGAAAAAGAUUUUGUGCAAAUGCAGAAGAAUUGUGGGGGUUUGUAUGUCUGAGAAUCCACUGUAAUGUGUUUGGUCUUUGUUAUACACAUUUAUACUUAAAAAAAACAAAACUUUUAUCUUAACCAAGAUUAAAAACCUUGUUGAAUAGUAAAUUGGUACAUUCAAACACAAAUUAAUAGAAACAUUCAAACAUAAAUUAAUAGGCUUAUUAAAGGAAUAUUUUGGGUUCAUUGCAAGUUAAGGUCAAUCGACAGCAUUUGUGACAAUCUUGAUUACCACAAAAAUAAAUUGACUGGUCACUCCUUUUCUUUUAAAAAAGUACAAAUUUGGGAUUCAGUGAGGCACUUACAAUGGAAGUCAAUGGGGUCAAUCAGUAAACAUUAAAAUACUCAUUGUUUCGAAAGUAUAGCUACAAGAUGUAAACAAUAUGUGUGUUAACAUGAUUUUAGUGUGAUAAAAUCAAUUACUAACCUUUUGUGUAAAGUUACAGCCAAAUUUACAACUUUGCUACCAUGACGAUGUAAUGUCAACAAACCCUAAAAUGAUUGUGAAACUUUUUAAGCUCAAAUAUUACAUGAGUUUUAACAGAAGUGCUUUUAUAAAAUUAUAAGCUUCAAAUUUCUGCAUUUAAACUCUCCAAAAAUGGGCCCCAUUCACUUCCAUUGUAUGUGCCUCACUGUAACCUUGAUUUUUGCUUUUUUGAAAGAAAAGAAGGAAUAAGUUGAAAUUGUUUUUUGUGAGUUGAUCUUAACUUGCAUUGAACCCGGAAUAUUCCUUUAAUGCAGAUUACGCAUCAUUCGAGUUAUUUUUUGACUUUGAAAAGUUGUCCUAAAUCCUGCAGACAUGAAUCAAAAUGUUUAUGCUGUUUUGGUCUCCGUCCAAUUGUUUGACCUUUUGUCACACUGAUGUGUCAUAAAAUACCAGUGAAGUUAGUUACAUUUGCACAUUAUUUUGCAUCAGGCAAGAACAGAAUUUUAAAACAAGGUUAUGUAAAUCAUCGAGGCAAUAUAAAGGUACAUUGCAAAUAGAUUUUUUUUGUGUGUGUGUUGUCUUAUGAUGUCUGCAGAGGAGCAUUUUAAAAUAAAGACCAUUGCUUGUAGUCUAUUGAAUCCCAAGGUCAAAUUUUACUCUGAAGAUUUGUGCAUAUAUAUGUGUGUGUGUGUAUAUAUAUAUAUAUAUAUAUACAUAUACACACACACUCUGUAUAACAUCCAGAUGUCCUUUGUGUAAAUGAGGGUAGCACUUGAAAAUGGCAUGACACUUUUCUUGCAACGUACAACACAGGAAUUGAAUGUAAUAUAUAACAGAUUAUUAGAGGGGUUUCUGAACCUUUUAUUAAUGAAAGUAGCUAAUGAAUAGGCAUUAUUUGCAGAGGAAUUAUGAGUUGCAUUUACAAAUGGUCCCCCGAGAAUACUGUUCAGUCUGAUUAUAAAAGACUGUUCAUUAUUAGGAACCAUAAUCAAGUCUGAAUUCCCAACUAUUCCCAUUUUGAGCACCUGGUAUUUACCAAAGGUUUAGGUAAACAUCUGCAUCCUGUUCACCCUGUCCUUUAUGUGAAAUCAUAAUUUAACCCCUUGUUUUCGUUAUUAUGUCCUAAUUUCUUUCAUUUGUCAAAAUCCCAUUUUCAUUCUACUCCUUUGGGUUUCAUAAUGAAUAUGGCCUACAUUUUUUUUGUAUAGAUAGCACUGUCCAAGAGAAAGGCAGCAAAAAUACUCUGUUGUAUCAAGUUUUUUUUAUAUAUAUAUAUAUAUAUAUAUAUAUAUAUAAUCAAAGACAAUCAGUUGUUACUGAUUUCAGUGGUAUUUUUGUGUUUUGCUGAUUUUAAAAACUAAUUGUCCACAAUGGUCAGUCCAUUUUUAGGUUAAAUAAUUUCUGCUCAUCUUUUAGUUUGUUAAAACAAAAAUUUUAUUCAGAAAUGCACUUACAAUAAAAGUAAGUAAAAUGGGUUGCAUUAUUUUCUGUGGUAAUAGAGCUUAACUUGAUAUUUACCAAGGUUUAAAUGAAAACCUAAUUAAAUUAAAAUCAUUCAAUUAAAUGAAAAUUCACAUACAAAUUUACAAUUCCUGGAGCAGGAAUUGUUCAGUGUCAUUUACCUUGGUUCUAUAUCUCAGUAAAGGGUUUAAAUAGGAGCAAUUUCAUUUCCAAAAUAUACUGAAAAGUGUUAUAUAAUUCCCAGGCGAAUUACAUGACUGUUUGACUGCAUGUCUGCCCAUCCCAAGGUCAUUUAACGCAUUCUACCAGGGCUGCAACCACCAUAGACAUGUCCUCCCCCCCCCCCCCCCCAUCUACUUAUAUUGGUUUUUUCCAUGGUUGAUUGUUAAAUUCUUACAUUUGGUACCCCCCCAUCCUGAAUAUGUGGUUACAUCCUUGCAUUCUACUUGACUUUCGUCUAAAUGUCAUACCAAAAUCUGAGAUAUUCCUACAUGUUCAUAAGAUUGAAGUUGCAUGGUGUUUGAGAGUACUCCACUUAAAUUUAAAGUAUCUGAUGCAGUAAUAAAACAUGACUCAAUUUAAUGCAUUCUAUAGCUUUUUUCACUUUUUCUACUAAGUGUUCUACUGUAAUUUCAACUAAAUUAAAGUUGAAUUAGUUUAUGUAUGAAUGAGUAGGAAAGGUGAAAUCAGGAGCAUGAGAAAUUCAGUUUUUUGAUCCAAUGUGAAAAUAAUCCAUGUAAUUAAUUAAUUGGUGACAAUAAAACAAUUUAUUAAUGUUGUGUGUUCAUUGUCAGAUAUUGUUAUUAGUUGUGCUUGCUGAGGCUAAUUAUUAUUCCUUGUACUUAUGAUUAUGUAUAUUAAGAUUAUGUAUGUGUAUCUUAAAUGCGCAACUCAUCAUGUUUGGACUAUGGAGGUAAAGGAUAUCUCAAAUGACUUGUAAGAAGAGGGGUGCUGCUACUACUUUUCUAAGUGAUCAGUCUUUUGGCUAAAACAGGCAAAAAUACUAACAAAACUAAAAAAUCCCACUGAAAGCAUUAUAUGAACUAUAUCUUUGGACCAGAAUAUAAUUUUAACUUGGGCCAGUUAGCAACCGCAAUGAAUUGGUUUUGUAUGGGCAAGCAUCACUUCAGAUUCUUAUUUAUAUGUGUAUUACAGCACAAUUCAUUUUAUGAAGUUGAAAAUAAGAAAAAAAGGAAAUCUGGACAAUUUUUACUUGUACUAUAAUGCUGUGGAUACACCAUAGGCUGCAUUGUUGUAUCAGCUCUGUACAAAUAGUUAAAAUAAUAUUACACUGGAAUAAUAAAAGUAUAAGCCGG